AAGGGUUUUAGCUCCCCCAAACACACACAAACAUCUUCAACUCCCGGCAAAUCGCCGCCACUCUAAAACCCUUAAAUCUCCGGCCACCGGAAAAUCAAAAUCUGAAACAAAUGGGGAAAGUAGCAUAUAUGAAGCUAAAGGGUAGCCAAAACUUAAGGCAAAGAUUGUUGUUAUCAACCCUUUCUUCAACUCCGAUUUUAAUUGAAGAUAUCCGUGCCGAUGCCACGUGGCCUGGCCUCCUUCCUCACGAGGUUUCUUUUCUCCGCCUUCUCGAAACGGUCUCCGAUGAUUGUCAUGUUGAAAUUAACGAAACCGGGACUAAGUUGAAGUACAAGCCGGGGAUAGUAAUGGGUGGGAAAUACCUGGAGCAUGAUUGCGGAUUGAGUAGGUCAAUUGGGUAUUUUUUGGAACCUUUGAUCGUGCUUGGUUUGUUCGGAAAGAAACCCCUUUCUAUUAAGCUGAAAGGGAUCACAAAUGAUCCAAAAGACCCAUCAGUAGAUACAUUUAGAUCAACCACCUUACCUCUAUUGAAGCGUUUUGGAGUUCCUUCAGAAGGGUUGGAGUUGAAGAUUGAAAACCGUGGAGUUGCUCCCAAAGGUGGUGGGGAAGUUACCUUAUCAGUUCCCGUUAUUCAUAAUAGUUUGAAGGCUGUCACAUGGACUGAUGAAGGCAUGGUAAAAAGGAUCAGGGGAAUUAGUUUCUCCACAAGAGUAUCAGUUCAGUUUGAAAAUACGAUGAUACAUGCUGCUCGAGGAAUCUUUAACCGUUUGCUUCCGGAUGUUCACAUUUUUACUGAUCAUAAAGCUGGUGUACAAGCUGGAAACUCACCUGGUUAUGGAAUUUCAUUGGUUGCUGAAACAACAUCUGGGUGUUUCAUUUCGGUCGAUACCACAAUAUCUUAUGGCCAAGCGAAUGAUGACAUGGAUGUUGAUGAAAAGAAAGAACUUACACCCCCAGAGGAAGUUGGGGAGGAAAUUGCAUCCCUUUUACUGGGUGAGAUUGAACAAGGCGGUGUCGUAGAUUCUUCUCACCAGGGUUUGUUAUUUCUUCUUUGCGCAUUAUGCCCACCAGAUGUAUCAAAAGUUCGUGUAGGAAAGCUCGUACCUUAUGGUAUUGAAACACUCAGAAAUAUCAGAGAUUUUCUAGGCGUUAAAUUCGUAAUCAAGCCAGAACCAACAACAGGCACUGUCAUGCUUAAAUGCAUUGGAUGUGGAUUGAAAAAUCUAUCGCGAAAGUUAUCAUGAUGUUUCAACAUUUUAAGUUAUCUUUUCUCUAGUUUUGUAAGCUUUUUAAGCCUCUUUGACAUGUGAUCUAGUAAAGAGAUUGUAGUGGCAGUUUUGUUGUUUUUGUUA